AUGUCGACGAUACAGAACCUCAAGAACUUCAUCCGCCAUGGCAAGCAGGCCCGUGAUGCCCGCUCGCCGCCCGACCAGCCCACCACCCAUGUCACCAACGUCCACGCCCAGCAACACCGCGGCGGCGCUCAGCAGUACCACCCCGCCCCGCAGCCCGCACCCGACAACUAUGCCAUGAGCGAUCCCAACGUCUACGAGCACAAGCCCCUGCAAGCCAACGCUCCUCAGAUGCAGCAAGACUACUCCGCAGCCGCCGUCGACAACAGACAUCAGGCCGCCAAAGCCGGACACGCCGCCGCCCGAGCCGUCGACCAGAAGGAGAAGCGGGAUCAGAAGCAGAAAGACUACGACCCCUCGGUCCUCGAACGCAUAGUAGCCGAAGAGCGAGCGAGCAAGGGCAAGCUCCCCCGAUACCCCGGCCUGGAGCGAUGGACACUCCUCGAGAAGAUGGGCGACGGCGCCUUCAGCAACGUCUACCGCGCCAAGGACAACAACGGGCAGUACAACGAGGUGGCUAUCAAGGUGGUGCGCAAGUACGAGAUGAACUCCACACAGGGCGGCGUGCUGCACAAGGACUUCGAAGCGAAAGCCCCAAAGACGGUUGAGAGAGCCAACAUCCUCAAAGAGGUCCAGAUCAUGCGACAGCUGGACCACCCCAACGUCACCCAGCUUGUCGAUUUCUCCGAGUCCCGCCAAUACUACUACAUCGUCCUCGAGCUCUGCCCUGGUGGCGAGCUGUUCCAUCAGAUCGUGCGUCUCACGUACUUUAGCGAAGAACUGUCCCGUCACGUCAUCACGCAGGUGGCAGAGGCAUUAGAAUACUUGCAUGAGGAGGCUGGUGUCGUUCAUCGUGACAUCAAGCCAGAGAACUUACUCUUCUACCCCAUUCCAUUUGUUCCGACCAAGAACCCAAAGCCCCGACAACCCGAUGAUGAAGACAAGGCAGACGAAGGUGAAUUCAUCCUAGGCCAAGGCGCGGGCGGUAUUGGUCAGAUCAAGAUUGCCGACUUUGGUCUUUCGAAAGUCAUCUGGGACAGCCAGACCAUGACCCCUUGCGGGACCGUCGGCUACACUGCACCCGAGAUUGUCAAGGAUGAGCGCUACUCGAAGAGUGUCGACAUGUGGGCGCUCGGCUGUGUCCUCUACACCCUUCUCUGCGGCUUCCCACCCUUCUACGACGAAAGCAUUCAGGUGUUGACCGAGAAGGUGGCUAGGGGUCAAUACACCUUCCUGUCGCCGUGGUGGGACGACAUCUCCAAGUCGGCACAGGAUCUUGUAUCGCACCUCCUCACCGUCGACCCCGAAAAGCGCUACGACAUCCGCCAGUUCCUCAACCACCCCUGGAUCCGCCAGAGCAACGAGCCCACGUACGCCGCCGCCGACGCUCCACCCCUCGCCACCCCCCUCUACAUGCGCGGCGCGCAAUCCGUCGGCGAAAAGGGCCCGUCCCCCAUGAAGCCCGACUUCGCCUACCUCGACGAAACCCCCCUCGGCGCCCGCCGCUCGGACUUCCGCUCCCCCGGCGCCGUCAACCUGCGCGAAGUCUUCGACGUCGGCUACUCGGUCCACCGACAAGAGGAAGAAGGCAAGCGCCGCAAGAACUUCAAGCAAGGCUACCGCGGGGGUGCGCCGAUGAACUCGCUCAACGCGCUCGACGAGGAGUACGACGACGACGAGGACGAAGGCGUCUCCCAACCCUACGACCCGCAGCAGCAGAACCCGCCCGCGAAGCUUCCCAAGAGUGGCGGAGCCCCGGAUGUCGGCGGCAUGGAGCGGCAGAUGCGGAAUACGACGUUGAGCGCGGCUGCGCAGGCACGGCAGCAGGCGGCGCCUCCGCCUAAGCAGGCUCCUGCGGCCAGGGGCUAUGGACAGCACAGUCCCGAGGUGGCGGCGGCGGCGAAGCGGCAGGUGAAGAAUAAGGCCGGGGCGUUUGAGUUGAGUUUGGAUAAUGCGACGAUGCUUGGGCGGAGGAAGAAGCAGCCGGGGGCUAGUGGGUUGAGUCAGCAGGUCAUGUCGUAG